AUGGCUUCGUCGACCGAGACCCGAAAGCCGUUUCCCCAACCAGCUGCGGGGUACACUCAGUCCUUCUGGCGAACUGAACUGGAUCCUUUAGAUAAUCAUCGGAGUACACCAGACCUACCCAUUGAAGCAGAUAUCUUGAUUAUUGGCAGUGGUUAUGCCGGGGCUUCGACCGCUUAUCAUCUCUUCCCCGAGAACCAGCAGGGGACUCCCCCGAAGGUUGUUCUCCUCGAGGCCCGUGAAUUAUGCUCCGGUGCCACGGGAAGAAACGGUGGUCAUCUCAGACCCGAUCUGUAUUCGGCCACGAAGAUCUACACAGAGCGAUAUGGACUCGACGCUGCUGUGGAGGUUGUUCGAUUUGAGAUCGCCCAUAUGAAAACACUUGAAAAGCUUGUUCAAAAGGAGAAGAUAGACUGCGAUCUCACCUUCACUAGGUCUCUAGAUAUCUACCUUGAUGUAGACCAGCUUGCAGCUGCGAAAAGUUUUUAUGACUAUCUGGUCGAUCAAGGUUUGGACUUCAUGGAUGAUGUCCAGUACCUUUCACAAGAGGAUGCUCAAGGUAAAGCAAAGGUCCGAAAUGCCCAAGGAGGCUUCAGCUUUUCUGCCGGCCACCUUUGGCCCUACAAGUUGAUAUGUCGUCUCAUCCGCAUCGCUGUUUCUCGAGGACUCAAUCUCCAAACGAACACAAUGGUCACCGAGAUUGGCCAGGACCGUACACCGGAGGGUCUUUGGCCCGUAACGACCAAUCGUGGUGUCAUCCACGCACGAAAGAUCAUCCUCGCCACAAAUGCUUUCACAGGUGCCCUUGCUCCGGAGUACUCCAAGGCCAUUGUACCGUGUAAAGGGCUGUGCACGCACAUUGAGCCAGCACCUGGUGCGCCUUACCAGGAACUACCCGAGACAUAUGCCAUUCGGCAGGGGCUAGGAGCAUUCAUCUACCAAAUUUCGCGCAAGGAUGGGUCAAUUAUUGUGGGUGGUGCACAGUAUACAUACAAAGAUAUACCAGAUCAGUGGCACAAUAACCCUGACGACGGUACCUUGAUUAAUUCCGUGGAGCAUUACUUUGAUGGCUAUAUGCAGCGCACAUUCUUUGGUUGGGAAGACAGCAACGCGACUGUGAAACACAUUUGGACAGGUGUGAUGGGCUACAGUGCAGACUCGCUGCCACAUAUCGGAGAUAUCCCGGGAAAGCCGGGGCAGUUUAUUGCCGCAGGAUUCAAUGGGCAUGGAAUGCCGGUGGUUUUCCUGUGUGGAAAAGCUAUCGCACAAAUGGCUCAACAUUCGGUUCCUUUCCAGAAGACUGGCCUGCCCAGACUCUUCGAGACAUCUGCUGCACGAUUGGAUCCAGUCUACAAUGACACUGUAGGCUAA